UAAAUGGUUUACCCCUAUGUAAUAAUGCUUUCUUCGUGGUGUCUUUAACCCCAGACUCCCAGAGAGAGGAUCGAAAGAGAAGAAGGAAAACACAAAAACCCUAAUAACAUCUGAUCAAUGGCAGAGGAUCUCAAUUCCCACCCCUUCAAAAAAGGAGCAGAGGUCGAAGUCAGCAGCAACGACAACGGCUUCCGAGGAGCCUGGUAUUCCGGCACCGUAAUAAAAUCCAAGAACAAAAGCAACAACAAUCAUUCGAUACUAGUGGAAUACAAGACGUUAAUGGCGGACGAAUCUGGAACCAAACCCCUCCGUGAAACCCUUGACGUUGUUCAGUUAAGGCCCCUUCCCCCUCGCGAGAAACGCGAUAGGAAUUAUAAGUUUAGCGAUGAGGUCGACGCCUAUUACAACGACGGCUGGUGGGAGGGAGUCAUCACCGCCGUCCUCCCCGGGAAUCGGUACUCGGUUUUCUUUAGAGCCACCAGGGAACAGUUGGAAUUCAACCGGUCGGAACUCAGACUUCAUAGGGAAUGGGUCGAUGGUAAAUGGGUUCCACCAGUAGAAGAACAAGUACAAGAGGUGUCGUUGUCUAUAGAGUUGAAGAUUAACAACAAGGAUAGAUUCAAGAAAGGGGCAUUGGUGGAAGUAUGCAGUGAUGAAGAUGGUUUCCAAGGUGCUUGGUUUGCUGCUACAGUAAUCGAACAAGUAAGUUCAGGAAACUUAUUGAUUCAGUAUAAUUCAUUGAGAAACGAUGAAGAUACAGAGUUUCUGACAGAAGUGGUUGAUAGCAACCACGUACGUCCUCAUCCUGGUCAAGAGACUGUUGACCAUUUCCGUGUGCUUGAAGAAGUUGAUGCUCUGUACAAUGAUGGGUGGUGGGUGGGUGUGAUUUCUAAAGUUGUUGGAAAGCAAAAAUAUGAGGUUUUUUUUAGGGGAACAAAUGAGGAAAUGGUGUUUAAACAAUCUGAUUUGAGGCGACAUAAAGAAUGGAUCUCUGGAAAAUGGGUAGCUUCUAAUUUGGUAGGUAUUUAUAAGAAAUAGCAUGUUUUAUUCAUCCAUCCUAACUAUUUUGAUGAUUUGGUAGUACAUGAAUUGAUAUUUGUUGACCGAUUAGAGGUCUCUACGUUUCGUUAUCGAUCAUCUUGUAACAUAGAUAUGUGGCUUGCGCAUGCCCGAAAUCAAAGGGCAUUAAGGUCUUUUCAUGAAUGACAUAUCUUCUACAAUUAUGAGUUAAGAAA